CUUUCAGCCGCACACCCCUCCGUCGCACAUCGGCUUUCCUGCCAAACAUAGAGACCACCCUCUGUUCCAUCCAGCCCCCCCACCCCCCUCCUCCUCCUCCUCCUCCUCCUCCCCAUCCUCCUCCUCCCCAUCCUCCUCCUCCUCCUCCACCAGGGACCAAGGAGGUUUUUCAGCACUUGCCACGGCAGCUUGCGAUGGACAGCACCACAAACACCCAGUGAUCCCUCGCAUCAUCCGGACGCUUGACAGAAACCACAGCUGACAGACAAUCUGGACGUUCAGUGGGGACAUCUAGAGAGAGCGGAAGAGUUCAAAGGCAGAAGUGCUUGGUGGAAUACCCCUGAAAAAUAAUACGGCCGUGAACCUGCAACACAUUCUUUCCUUCACACAGCUCUCGCUGCUCUAAAAACAGCAUCUUCACAAUGGAAGAGGACAUGGACGAGGGGCAGACCCAGAAAGGAUGCCUUGAGUGCUGCAUCAAAUGCCUGGGCGGGAUUCCCUACCCAUCCCUCAUAGCCACCAUCCUGCUGUACGCCGGCGUGGCUCUGUUCUGCGGCUGCGGACACGAGGCCCUGUCCGGCACCGUCACCAUUCUCCAGAACUACUUCGAGGUGAUGCGGAGCCCCGUGGAUGCACUGGACGUGUUCACCAUGAUUGACAUCAUCAAGUAUGUGAUCUACGGCAUCGCCUCGGCCUUCUUCGUCUACGGCAUCCUGCUGAUGGUGGAGGGCUUCUUCACCAGUGGGGCCAUCAAAGACCUGUAUGGAGACUUCAAGAUCACCACCUGCGGACGCUGCGUCAGCGCUUGGUUCAUCAUGCUGACUUACAUCUUCAUGCUGGCUUGGCUCGGAGUGACCGCUUUCACCUCCCUCCCCGUCUUCAUAUACUUCAACAUCUGGAACAUUUGCCAAAACGCUACCGUGCUGGAGGGGGCCACACUCUGCCUGGACCCACGCCAGUACGGCAUCGUGCCAAUCGCUGAUGCGAAAACCGUGUGUGCUGGAUCAGAGAAGUUCUACAAGAUGUGUGAAUCCAACGAGCUUGACAUGACUUUCCACCUGUUCAUCUGUGCCCUCGCUGGAGCAGGAGCUGCUGUGAUCGCCAUGAUCCACUACCUGAUGGUGCUGUCAGCCAACUGGGCCUACGUGAAGGACGCCUGCCGGAUGCAGAAGUACGAGGACAUCAAGUCGAAGGAGGAGCAGGAGCUUCACGACAUCCACUCCACCCGCUCCAAGGAGCGUCUCAACGCCUACACAUAAAGACCAGCGUGAGGCCUGGCCCUGCCACUCCGACCCCCCAACCCCCCCUCCCCUGCCUCCCUCUCUCUAUCUAUCUCGGUCUCUCCCUCUCUGUCUCUAUCUCUCUCUCUCUACCAUCCCCUCCCGAGGGGGGGCGGAUGGCGCCUAGGGCCCUCACCACCGCUGAUGUCACUGGUGCGUCAUAUGACAAUGUGGUCUGGGGGGGAAACGUCACUCAAACCUCCCCGGUCACAAACAGCAUUUCAGAUGAAAAAAAAAAAAAAAGCCCCUUUACCUCUCUCAUGGAUGGUGUUACGAUUAUUGUUAUGGCAGUUAUAUUAUUCUUGAAUACAAAGUUGUUUAAUGCUAAUAGUGGUUAUAGUGUAGUUUGUAGAAUUAGAAAUAGCAGUAGUAUUUCUCCUUUUUUUAUUUUUUAUUUUUUUUUACUUUGAAUAAUUUGCAUAUAAUUGUUUUAUUUUUCUUUACGUUUUUAUCUGAUGCUAAGUGUCAUUUUGCUCUCAUGCAUUAAUUUAUUUUUUGCUGAUUUCUGAGGGGGUCAACAGGGGCUUUUAAAGGGUUUUCAAGCACAUUUCUCAUGCCGUGUGUGUGUGUGGAGAUUUCAUCUUCGAGAACUAUGUACUGUAUGUGAACGGGUGGUUAGUUUUGAAAAUAUUUUUAAUCUCACAACGCAACUAGGAAGCAGCGUAAAAACCUUUGUCGUACCAGUAUUCCCAGGGAUGAAAAGCACUUUCACGUGAAAGUAAUUCAAUCUGUUUUUUUUCUAUUCGAAGUUACACAGUACAGUAAGACGACACAAAUACCAAAUCAUUAGAAUAAAACAAACAUUUGCUAGAUGUGCCAAGCCUGUUAAACAGGAAACUAUGACGUUGAUAGAUAUCAAAGAUGGGAUUAGUGAAUUAAAUAGAAAAUUAGGGUUUAUUUUAUGAUAAUCCUGCCAUUUAAAUAUAUUUUAGGACUGCGAAUGAUUCCAUUGUCUUUGAAUCACAAGCCACAAAAGCACAUGCAAACAUGGUUUCAUAAGGACUUUUUUUUAUUAUUAUUAAAAGUGGAACUUUAUAAAUACUAAACUCCUGUUUUUUGCAGAACUCUGCACUGUAAAUACUGAUAUAUCAAAACAUACCUAUAUGUUAAGCACUGACAUUUAAGGAAAAUUCAGGGGGGGGAAGGAGAAGAGAUCACUGUAGGUCAGUCCACUCUGCAUCUUAUCAGUCUCAACCGGAAAAAGAAGAAACCCCGGCGUAAAACGUCGUUGGUGUGAUGGCACUCGUUGGUGGGAUUGUCAGAUGUCAGAAAAAGUGUGUGUCACAGUGAUUUUGUUCAUGACAGUAACUGUGUUGCUUACACAUCCUGGUGCCAUACAACUACAAACAGUGGUCUGUCAGUUCAUCGGCUGGCAAAGUUGAUUCUGUCAGUAUUUCUGAAAGCUAGUUUCAUUCACUUAUUUGACCAUUUCUGUGCUCUCUCUCUCUAGAUGUAAGCGCAUUGGUGUUCAACUCAAAGUUGGAUAACUGUACUGUUAGUAAAGACUGUGAAUUUAGAUGUUUUUCGUGGCAUGGACAUGCAUUGAUAUAGUCUUAUUGACUCAAAAGUUACUUUACUUCACUUCUUUAUUUUGACGAUUAUGACUGUCUUGCUGGAUCAGCCCUUUGUUUAUAUGUGCAGUACUAACCCCCCCCCCCACGCUUACCGCGUUAUGCUACUGAUAUUAGAGACUGUAGUCUUUGAGUUGUGUCUGUUUUAGUUUGUGAUGAGCUCUCAACCAUGUCUUAAAACUAAUCCCAGCAUCGCUAACUCUGUAAUGAUCUGAAAAAAGAAAAGAAAAAAACGCUCUCAGCUUUUUCCUCGUAUUAGUCUUUUGUACUUUCACUACGAAUGCUUGUAGUAGCAGGCUUUAAAUCAAAUCCGUUUUGUACAUUCAUGUGCCAACAGCUUGAGGUGGCUUAUUUGACCUGUAUGAUCAAAUUUGCUUGCAUAAAUAAAACUCACUUGUGUACUUGUUAAUAAGUACUUGACGUC